UGAAUUUUUAUUGUGGGUAUAUUAUUCUUAGGUUUCUUACCCUUAUUUUGUCUGUCAAGGAGAGGUAAAUGACUACAUUCAGAUACCUUAACUAAUUGGUUCGUAGGCUGUCAUUAGCUGUAACUUCUAUUUUAAAAUAGAUUAGACUUUUGCUAUAACAUAACUUUUUGAAAUGUGAGUUUAGGGAUAAGCUGAAAUGUAUUCAAAGGUACUUGGUACUUAGAGUGGCAGAAAUAUUCAUUAGAACAUUGUUUCAUUUACUGUAUCCCAUAUCAUGAAUUUGGGAGAUAUUGUUAUAACAAGAUUCUAAUGUACUUCGCCACUACUUUGAAUUCAUUUUGUAUAACAAUGACACAUUUGUUUCCAGACUUAUUCUGGUUCAAGUGUAGUAUACCUUGAGGAUAACAUACUGUAGUUUGUAGCCUAUGUUAGCUCAUUGAGAUCAUAUAUAUAAGGAAAUUAUCAUGCAGACAUAGCAUUUAAUCUGUUUAAAGUAAAUAGUCUAUUCUUACCUAAAUAUAUAUUUUUGAAGUGUUUAUGGGAGCAUAACCUUUUGUGAUUUUUUUUUGAGGAGUUUAGGCAUCUUUUUUAUAUGAUCGUCUAUUUUUGUUAUUUCUCAAAUGUAAUGUCCUACAUUACCUCUCAUAUGUAUUUCAACCCUGCUCUGAGGGGACCAACUGCCCUCUUAGAGUGAAGAUUGUUUGGUCCCUAGACGCUUUUGUAUGCUCUUCAGAGAGGGCAAAAAUAUGCAGGUGGUUAUUGGCAUUUGUGCCCCAAGAUCUGGAUGAAACAAUUCAGUGGAUUCAGGCCGUUAUGUUAUUACACCACCCAAAAUAAUGUUACUUCUCUUUUUCAAAAAGAAGCUUCCUUAACAAAAAAUAAUGGCAUGGAAAUAUUGUCAACCCUUGUCACUCUGCUGUCACUCCCAUGUCUGGUAACAGUUCAUUUGCUUUUCAGCUAUUUUGAUUUUUUGUUGCAUAAUGAAAUCCAGCUGCUUUCAGUGAGCAUUUUAAUUUGCAUGAAUAACUAAUUUACAAACUUUGUGGUGACCAAAGUGUUAGCACACAUCUCAGAUUUCCUAUGUGUAUUUUAUACUACAUUGAAAAUUUUAGUAUUUUCUUUAACAACUUUAGAAACGAAUUUUUAAAAUGUCCUUUCUGAGUUAUGGAAAAGAGUUUAUGUGUGCACAUAUGAACAUAUAUACACAUACAUACAUACAUAUAUAGUUUUACAAUUAGCAUUUGAAAGGAGAGGACAAUUGAUUUCUUUGCAUCUACUUGAAUAAAUUGAUUUCAUGGUCUUAUAGGCAACAUAUAAGUUUGCCUUUAUAAAGACCUUGGUGAUAUUUCAUGAGGGGACAAAAAGAAAUAAAGCUUUUUGUGUGGAAUCUUUGGAAAAUCAAAAUAACAUUUCAUGACUAUUACCAUUAUGGUGAUUGUUUUCUUACUUUUUAAUCUUGUAACAGCAAAGCUUUUCUUUUAUCUUUGAAGCUAUGUUUUAAUUAUAAUCAAUUUCUCUUAUAGAUUACUAGCUUAACAAAAUAAAGUGGUUAACUUUUAGAAACUAGUAUACUUGAAAAAUUAUGAAAAUAUAUUAUUUUGCAUUUAGGUAUUUUAAAUGAGGUAAAUAAGCAGAUAAAACAGAUGAGAAGGAAAAUGAAAAAUAUGAUGUAAAACUAUCAGUUUUACUAUUGGUGUUUUUUCAUAGCCCUGGUAGUAGCAAGUAUUUUUAUACCUUUUCAAAGCAUUAUUAUUGUUAUUAGGAUAAUAACAAUUUUCUUAUUUUAUCUUUUUGAAUAAGCUUGGUCAAUUAGGAAAGCUUGUGGAAUUGCAUUAAUCUCCUUUGCCAUCUUGAAGUCCUUUUGGAAAUGUACAAAACAUGGACAUUGUGUCCUAUCAGCGUUCUGAUAAUUCAGGUUUUCAAAAAAUGCCAUAUUCCACAGCUAGGAAGAAGGGAUUUUUAUCCUGCACUUUUCAUCUUUAGCUUAUUAAAGAGUUUUUCAAAUGGAACAGUACAAAACUGCUCAUUUUAUUCUCUAUGUGGAAUACAUGCAUUGUGUAAGAUUUGCGACAAAGACAAAACCUGCUUAAUUUGGAGCUGAGGAGGACCAAUGAAUUCCUUUUAAGGGUAAUUUUAUAUUGAAUGAGAAUGAUUUCUACUUUUUCUUGAAUCCUUGAAUCUUUUUUGUUAUGUUUUAUUUUGCUAUCUGUUGAAUAUUGUUUGCCCUCAUACAACAUCUUGUUUAAUAUAUGUUAUUGUUUCAUACCCUGACACCUAAUAAGUUGGUGUUAGUAUUAGGAGAUCUUCACAUCCCCCACCGAUGCAACAGUCUGCCAGCUAAAUUCAAAAAACUGCUGGUGCCUGGAAAAAUUCAGCACAUUCUCUGCACUGGAAAUCUUUGUACCAAAGAAAGUUAUGACUAUCUAAAGACUCUCGCUGGAGAUGUUCACAUUGUUAGAGGAGACUUUGAUGAGAAACAUCAUUCCUUCAUUCGUAUUGAUGGACAUCCAGGCUUCUACAGUUGUCACUUAUGUAUAUCAGCUUAUUGGAGAUGA